AUGCUCCUCGCCUCCUCGCUCCGCUCGAUGCAGAUCUGGGCCGACCUCCGGGCGAUCCUCCCGCCUGACCUCGCAAGCGCUCUCGCCAAGUGUGAGCAGGCCGCCGCGUCGCCGGUGGACGCGAUGCUCGUCACGGGCCUGUCGCCCGAGUGGAUGGAGGCGCCGCCGUGCACCGCCUUCUUUGGUGCGCCGCUGGCGCCGGACGAGCCGUCGGCGGCGCUGCUCACGCCUUCCGGCGAGCGCGUGGGCCUCCGAGUCCAAGCUUCCGACCCGGCCGGUCAGGCGGCGGCGAUGUCGGCCGUCGGCUCGGUGAACUGGGUCCAUCUCGACACCACCUCAGAGGACGAGUGGACGAUGAUCCCGGCAGAGAACGCGCUCACCGCCGGCCACGUUCCGGGGCUCGCGUUCGCUCUCGAGCUUGGAGCAGAUGCGCUCGUGCUCUCUCCGCCCGAAGACGCGGAGGGGGAGGCGCUGUGGGAGGCGGGCGCCAUCGCGCGCGCCCAGCGGGCGGAGCGAGAGGAGCCCCGCGCUGCGGGCGCCGCUGCGGGCAGCGAGGCGGAGGGGCUAGCCGUCGGCGUGGUCACGUCGGCGGGAGGGGUCGGUGACCGAGUGGCGCUCGAUUUCACCAGCUUGCUCCGGCAGGGUGAAGGCGCGCUCGUCGGCUCGUCCGCCAAGCUGCUCGCCCUCGUCCACGGCGAGACCAUCGAAGGCGAGCUUGUCCCGGCGCGGCCCUUUCGCGUCAACGCCGGGCCGGUGCCCGCCUCGCGCACACGCCCCGUCGCGAUCCUUCAAGAGUGCUCGGACCCCUCCGACGCACGCGCCUUGCGAGCCCAGGUUCACUCGUACGUCCUUCUGGCCGAUGGGCGCACAAAGUACCUCGAGGAGGUUGUUGCGGGCGACCGCGUGCUCGCCGCCGACGCCCGCGGCGGCUCGCGCCCGCUCACCGUCGGCCGCUGCAAAGUCGAGCCGCGGCCGCUGCUGUUGGUCUCCUUCGAGGUGGAGGGCGCAAAGGGGCAGGUCUUCCUGCAGCAGGCGGAGACGGUGCGGCUGCUCGUCGAGGGCGGCGGCGGCGAGGUGUCGGCGCGCAGCGUGACGGAGGUGCGGCCGGGAGACCGGCUGGUGGUGCGGCAGAGCCGGAGGGGAACGCAUGUGGGGCGGCAGAUCGAGGCGAGCGUGGAAGAGAGGUGA